UUGCGAUCUUGCUCGUCUGUGAGCAACGUUUUGAUUCCGUCGCCAUCUGGUCUGGUCUGGUUAGGUCACAGGUGUGACACAGGGAGAGCUAGCUCAGCCUAGGCAUCUGGGGACCUAUGGCGACCAUCUUACACAUCCGUGCUGUCACAAGUAAGGGUUUCAACUGCUCUGGCUGGCUGUGUGGACUAAACAUUAUUCAUCUGCCUCCAAACUGCCUAGUGGUUGUUUUUCCACUCCUAUCCUUCUUACUGAAAUGGCUUGUCUGGCUUAGAGAGGACAUUCACUAAGACUUCCAGAAGCUGGAGCAACAAAAUGGACUCAGUGCUUGUUGAGGAUGUGGCCAUGGACUUUACCCAGGAAGAGUGGGCUUUGCUCAAUCUUGCACAGAGGAAACUCUACACAGAUGUGAUGAUGGAAACCUUCAGAAACCUGGCCUCAGUAGUUUCUCGAAACCAUAAUAAUGGAGAAAAGUUGUUCAGUGAUCAUAUAAAAGUGAGAUUAAUGAAGAAUAACAUCUGGAGCUCCAUGUUAGGAGAAAGCUGUGAAUUGUUUGGCGUUAAAGUUCACCAUAAAAACUGGGGGAUAUAUGUGAGAAGGUGUGCAGUAGAAAACCUCCAUGUAAAUGAUGAAGACAAUCAAUGUGGAAAGCCCUUCAUUCAGAUUCCUAAUCUUGCUGUAUUCAAAAGAAGUCAUACUGAAGUAAAUCCUUCUGGAGGCCUCGUGUGUGAAAAAUACACCGAUCAUUCUUCGGUUAAACAUCAUCUCAAAUCUCACAUUGGACACUGUACCUAUCAGUGUAAGGAAUGUGGAGAAACUUGUAAUUGUACCUCAUUUCUAAGCUCUCAUGUGAGAACUGUUACUGGAGGGAACCCAUAUAAAUGUAAGGUAUGUGGGAAAGGUUUCAUUUGUAUUUCAACUCUUAAGAACUGUGUGACCACAGUAAGUAGAGAGAAACCAAGUGGCUAUGAGGAAGAUUCCUGUAGUUUCUCAUCCCUUCAGACACAUGCGAGAGAUCGUAAGUGUGGAUGUAAAGAAUGCUUGAAAGCCUAUACUCAUCCCUCAUUCCUCACUUUAUCCAAUAUGUUUCAUAGUGGAGAUAAGCCUUAUGAAUGUAAGGAAUGUGGGAAAGCCUUUAGUUGUUCCUCAUCCCUCACUACACAUAUAAAAACUCACAGUGGACAAAGGCCUUAUGAAUGUAAGGAAUGUGGGAAAGCCUUUAUUCGCUCCUCACACUUAAUGAAACAUAUAAGAACUCACAGUGAAGAAAGACCUUAUGAAUGUAAAGAAUGUGGAAAAGCCUUUAGGUAUUCCUCACACCUCACUGACCACAUAAGAAUUCACAGUGGAGAGAGGCCUUAUGAAUGUAAAGAAUGUGGGAAAGCCUUUAGUCGUUCCUCAUCCCUCGCUAUACAUAUAAAAAUUCACAGUGGAGAAAGGCCUUAUGAAUGUAAGGCAUGUGGGAAAGCCUUUAGUCAGUCCUCAUCCCUCAAGGAACACAUAAGAACUCACAGUGGAGAGAGGCCUUAUGAAUGUAAGGAAUGUGGGAAAGCCUUUAGUUUUUCUUCAUACCUUACUAAACAUAUAAGAACUCACAGUGGAGAGAGGCCUUAUGAAUGUAAAGAAUGUGGAAAAUCCUUUAGGUUUUCCUCAUACCUAACUAAACAUGUAAGAACUCACACUGGAGAGAGGCCUUUUGAAUGUAAGGAAUGCGGGAAGGCCUUUAGGUUUUCCUCAGGCCUAAAUAUACAUACAAGAACUCACACUGGAGAGAAGCCUUAUGAAUGUAAGCAGUGUGGGAAAGCCUUUUAGGUUUCCCUCAGGCCUAAAUAUACAUAUAAGAACUCACAUUGGAGAGAGGCCUCAUGAAUGUAAGGAAUGUGGGGAAGUCUUUCAUCUGUCCUCACACUUCACUGUCCAUUUACAAACUCACAGUGUAGGGAGGGCUUAUGAAUGCCUUACCAAACAUAUAAGAACUCAAAAUGGAAAGAGGGCUUAAAAUAUAGCCAAUGGCAGAAAGCCUUUAUGUAGUCCUUAGUCCUUACUGAACAUCAGUAACCUCACAGCACAAAAGAAGACAGUGAAGAGAAACCUUGUUAGUAAAAGGAAUAUGGAAAAGUCUUUAGUUACUUCUCUCUCAGUAAACAUACUAACUCACAUUAGAGAUAUUCCUUAUUAAGGUAAAGAAUGUGGGAAAGUCUUCAGAUGUCCCUCAGCCUUUUGCCAUAGGAACUCACUGUGGGGAGAAGCGUAUCUGAGUAAGUGUAUUGAAUUGAAGCAAUAUAUGUCUAAGUAAUGUUGGAUAGCUUUCAUCCCAUAUCUCUGUAAACCUGAAAGAAUAUACAUGGCAGAGAAAUCAUGUAAGUGUAGUAAAUGUGGGAUUUUUGUUUUUCUCCCCACACUUUCAAGACAUCCAAAUUUGCACAUAUGGAAAAAGCCUUCCCUAACUAACCCAGUUGAACGUGUGAGACGUCCAUGGAGCGACACCAUGUAAAUGUUAGGUACCUGGGAUCAUCUCCAAGUCUUUUUCAAUUCUUAGACAUGUGAGAUAUUAGUGUGGAUUGAUCCUAUGAAUGUGAAAGACGAUGGAAACCUUCAGUGUUCCUUCUCCCUCAGUACACCUAUGAGACCUCACACACUAGAGAAACCUUGUGACUGUAAGCAUUAUAACAAAGCCUUCAGUCAUGUCAUUUCCCCUAUUGUUCACAGGGGUAUUCAUAUCAUGGGGAAAAUUUAUUCCACGUUACAAGUGUGGAAUUUACCACUGCACAGAAAGUUUUAACCCACAUUCAUCUCACAGAAGUGUCCCUCUGAAAUAAUGGUAUGAGAAGCAGAGUUUGCAUGUAAGGAUGGCUCAUUCUGGGGGCCCCAGGUGAUGGUGGGCCCAUGUAUAACCCAACCUGACUUAGCUGCAAUGGCUCUUCUGACUCACACAGAAUUGGUAAUUCUGACUGUCCCUGUCUCGCGCCAGGAGCUGAGGCUCCUGUUGCUGGGCUGAGCCAGAAUAGUGGCUGCUGCUCCACUUAGUGAGCACACCCACUGCAGGGCUUAGAGAAGAUAAAAGUUCAGCUAGAGUUCAUGUACUAAUGGAGACAAGACAAGGGCUGUUGGGCCUGGUGGUUUAUUCUGUGCCACACAGCCCCAUGCUAAACUGGGUGCUGCCUCACCAAUGCCUCAUUUAAGGGGCCUGGGAAGUGAUAGCGACAGGUAUUAGAAAGCUUCAAAUUAGAUUUUCUCUUGACCUAGCAAUUCCUUUUGUAGAAUGGUCUUAUGGAAAUCCCUGGGCAUGGUGGUACCUGUUGAUAGUAGUAAUGGUCAGUGUCCACGAGGAAGGGAGUUGUUAGAUAAAUGCCUGGCCACACAUAAAUUUUUUCAGAAAAUUUUGGACCACAGGAGAGGCAAUCAUAGCAUAAUUUUGUGUCAAUGGUAUAGAAUAGCUUGUACAUGAUAAAGGCCAUUUGUAAAACAUUUAUACAUAAAUGUUUCAUAUUUUAUAAAUAUGAUAAAGCAACCUGUGGAAAUCAUUCCUCCUAGAACAUUAACAGGGAUUUUCCCCUGAAGGUGAGAUUAUGAGUGAUUUCUUUAUUCAUCUGAGUCUCUGUAGUUUGCAGUUUUUUUACAGUCAUUGUUCAUUGCUUGUAAAUUUUUUAAACUUUAUUUUUAAAAUUUAAAAACAGCAAGUUACUUUUAGAAUGUGAGUUGACAAAUACUUUGUCUUACAAUUAGUCUCACAUUGGAAGUUCAGAAAAGUACCUCUCUUUCCUCCAAAAACUCUGUCAUGCUGCCCCUUUUUAGUCAUAUCUUCCCCUGACUGUGAAUCCCUGUCAGCUAUCCCUGUACAUAUCAUUCACCGUGUACCUUUUUGACUUGGACUCCUUUCACCUGGCAUAAUGCAUUUGAGUCAUCCCUGUUGGUGAAGAUAUCAAUACUUUGUUUCCUUUUGCUGAGUAAUAUUCCAUUGUGUAGACAUAACCAUCUUUUGUGUAUUCACCAUUUGGAGGACUUUGGGUUUCCAGUUGUUUUGAAUAAAGCUGAUAUGAACGUUCGUACACAGAUUUUAUGUGAACAGGGACCCUGCAUGGGUCAGGCUGUGGAUCUCCAGGGUCUUUCACCAGACAAGAAUGCUGGUAUGAAGGGGUGGAGACAGAAUUGGGUGUGUCUGGGCAAGGGGCGGGGGAGGGUACAGUGGCCAUCAAGGGUGUGGACUCUGGCCAUGCUGCACUGCAUUUGCUCAUGCUGUUCCCUCCACCCAAAUAUUGUUGAUCCUCUUCUCUGGGCCUUAACAUUUACCUCUCUCUCAAGGUUCUGCCCACUUGUCUGGAAUGUCUGGUCCUGGACCCUACAUGACUGCUUUUCUCCCAGAGACAGAGAGGGUAGAUGGGUCUGUGCCCCACAAAACCCAGCUCCUGGAGGAUAGGAUCUGUUCCUGAUUGAUGUCCAUGUCCCUGUACCUGGAAGAAAAUGCUGAAUGAAUGAGUGAAUGAAUAGAAGAAAGAACAACUGCAGCUCUGCAGGCAGGGUAGGGCCCCUUCUGUGCAGAUCUAACACCAUGUCUCUGCUCUCACUUUGGUCUAUCGUGAUCAGCAAGUCAGUCUCCCGCCCAGACCGUGAUCCUCCUUGAAGGCCUGGCCUAUGGCCCAGUGCCUGUACAUAGUAGGUGCACAGUAAGGCUGUUUGAAUGAGGUUGGUAGCUCUAAAGCAAGAGUCCAGGCUGAGUCUUAGGGUGUGUGGCUUUUGUCCUCCUAUGCUGUUACUAUGGAUAAUUGGGUUGGAUUGGCUGUAUUUCACAAUUUUGCAUUUUGUGUCUACCACCAAGGUCAAGGAGCCCUGGUGGCACAGUGGUUAAGCGCUUGGCUGCUACCUAAAAGCAGUUCGAAUUCAUCAACCGCUCCUUGGAAACCCUAUGGGGCAGUUCUGUUCUGUCAUACAGGGUUGUUGUGAGUCGGAAUUGACUCGACGGCAAUGUAUUUGGGUUUUUGUUUUUUACCAAAGUCAAGGAGUUAGCCUUGGUUGAGGAUUUCUAAUAUUCUGG